AUGGGUAAGAAAAAGACAGAUGAUGCGGGCACAUCUACAAAGGCUAAAGCAAGUAGUAAAGAUGUUCCUAAGAGGGAAAAAAUGUCUGUCUCUGCCAUGUUGGCAAGUAUGGAUGAAAAACCCGAUAAACCUAAAAAAGCAUCUUCCUCAAAUAAGCAGAAGCCAAAACCUGCUCCAAAAGCUUCUACAUACACUGAUGGUAUUGAUCUUCCUCCCUCUGAUGAUGAAUCCGAAGAGGAGUUAGAGCAAAAGCAUAGACCUGAUGUGAAGCCACUUGAGGUGUCUAUUGCUGAAAAGGAGUUGAAAAAGCGUGAAAAGAAAGAUAUUUUAGCUGCCCAUCUGGCCGAACAGGCAAGGAAAGAAGCUCUUAGGGAUGAUCAUGAUGCUUUCACUGUUGUCAUUGGAAGUCGGGCUUCAGUGCUUGAUGGAGAUGACGGUGCUGAUGCUAAUGUCAAAGAUAUUACGAUAGAAAAUUUUUCAGUGUCUGCUCGGGGUAAAGAACUUCUGAAGAAUGCAUCGGUGAAGAUAUCUCAUGGAAAGCGGUAUGGUUUAGUUGGGCCGAAUGGAAUGGGCAAGUCAACACUUUUGAAGCUUCUUGCUUGGAGGAAGAUACCCGUACCUAAGAAUAUUGAUGUUCUUCUGGUUGAGCAGGAGGUAGUUGGUGAUGAUAAAACAGCGCUUGAAGCAGUCGUUUCAGCUAAUGCUGAACUUGUUAAAGUUCGACAAGAAGUUGCUGAUCUGCAGAAUGCGGCUUCUGGUGAAGAAGGUGUGGAUAAAGAUGUUACUAACGAGGAUGGGGAUGCAGGGGACAAGCUAGCAGAGCUAUAUGAUCAAUUACAACUGAUGGGGUCUGAUGCUGCUGAAUCCCAAGCGUCAAAGAUUUUAGCCGGUCUGGGUUUUACUAAGGAUAUGCAGGGCCGUCCUACAAAAUCCUUUAGUGGUGGCUGGAGGAUGAGAAUUUCUUUAGCUCGAGCACUUUUCGUACAACCCACUUUAUUAUUGCUCGAUGAACCCACUAAUCAUCUUGACCUGAGGGCUGUUCUCUGGUUGGAAGAGUACUUGUGUCGUUGGAAGAAAACUUUGGUGGUUGUAUCACACGACAGAGAUUUCCUCAAUACUGUAAGCUCUGAAAUUAUUCACCUGCAUGAUUUCAAACUUCAUUUCUAUCGUGGAAAUUUUGAAGCUUUUGAAAGUGGGUAUGAGCAGCGUCGUAGAGAGGUGAAUAAGAAGUAUGAGAUUUAUGACAAGCAAUUGAAAGCAGCUAAAAGGACUGGAAACAAGGCUCAACAAGAUAAGGUCAAGGAUCGAGCUAAGUUUGCAGCUGCCAAGCAAGCAUCGAAAAGCAAAAGUAAGGGAAAGGUUGACGAGGAUGAGACCCAGGUAGAGGCACCACACAAGUGGAGGGACUACAGUGUGGAGUUCCACUUUCCUGAACCUACUGAGCUCACACCUCCUCUUCUGCAGCUUAUUGAAGUGAGCUUCAGCUACCCAAACCGAGAGGAUUUCAGACUCUCAAAUGUUGAUGUUGGCAUUGAUAUGGGGACCCGAGUUGCCAUUGUUGGGCCUAAUGGAGCUGGAAAAUCUACACUGCUAAAUCUUUUAGCCGGUGAUUUGGAUCCAAGUGAAGGUGAAGGUGAAGUUCGAAGGAGUCAGAAGUUAAGGAUUGGGAGAUAUUCCCAACAUUUUGUGGACCUACUGACGAUGGACGAAACACCUGUUCAGUACCUUCUUCGUCUCCACCCAGACCAGGAGGGACUUAGUAAGCAGGAGGCUGUCCGGGCAAAACUUGGGAAAUUUGGGCUACCUAGUCAUAACCAUCUUACACCCAUUGUCAAACUAUCAGGAGGGCAGAAAGCUCGAGUUGUUUUCACGUCGAUAUCCAUGUCAAGACCUCACAUUUUAUUGUUAGAUGAACCCACAAAUCAUCUGGAUAUGCAAAGUAUUGAUGCAUUGGCCGAUGCCCUUGAUGAAUUCACAGGCGGAGUUGUUCUUGUUAGUCACGAUUCUAGAUUGAUAUCACGUGUUUGUGAUGAUGAAGAAAGGAGUCAAAUAUGGGUUGUCGAGGAUGGUACUGUCAGAAAAUUCCCUGGAACAUUUGACGAGUACAAAGAAGAUUUGCUGAAGGAGAUUAAAGCUGAAGUUGAUGAUUAA